UCUUUUUUCUCCAAAAAACAGUUUUUCUUCUGACAAGUUUUUGACAAUCCAAUUUCAUUUUCAAUUUAAAAAAAAAUUGUAUAAAAAUGGUGAAUUAUCAAUUAACCAAUUCGAUGAAAACCAAUAUCGAAAAAUUUCCUACAGAAUUAAAGGAAAAAGUUCUCAAUUGGCUUGAAUGGGAUAAGGAUGUUCAAACUUGGUAUGAGAUUGCUAAAUUGGUCGAAUCAAAUGAAAUUGAACGUUUAUCGAAAUUAUUACUUGAACGACAAUGUUUUGGUACGGCCGGUAUACGUGGUAUUAUGGAACCAGGUUUCAAUGGUUUGAAUAAACUAGUCAUAAUACAAACAUCACAAGGAUUGGCUAAAUAUGUAAAAACAUUGCCCACUACUGCUACCGAAUUAUUGGUUGUAAUAGGUUUCGAUGGCCGACAUAAUUCUUAUGAUUUUGCUCGACUAACAACGAAUAUUUUUCGUCAUGCCGGUUUCAAAGUGGCAUUGUUUUCCAAGGUUGUACCAACACCAUUCGUAGCAUUUGCAACAAAAUUAUUGAAUGCUUCGACCGGUAUUAUGAUCACAUCAUCACAUAAUCCUAAAGUUUAUAAUGGCUAUAAAGUUUACGGUAAUAAUGGUGCACAAAUUUUAUCACCACACGAUAAAAACAUACAAAAUUCAAUAUUGGCAAAUCUAAAACCUUGGAAUAAUGAAAUUUGGAACAUUUCCAAUGAUUUUAACUAUGAUGGUAUUCAAAUAUUCGAUCCAUUACGUCAAGUUUCACAACAAUAUUAUUUUCAACUAAUGAAAUGUUCAACACGUCUUGAUUUGGUCAAAAAAUCAGAUCUUAAAAUAACAUAUACAGCAUUACAUGGUGUUGGUCAUGAUUAUAUGGCAAAAAUGUUUGAAGAAUUUGGUUUCAAAAAUCAUUAUCCAGUUGAAUCACAGAAAAUGCCUGAUCCUGAAUUUCCUACCGUUCAUUUUCCCAAUCCCGAAGAAGGUCAAGGUGUUUUUGAUGAAUCAUACAAGACUGCACAACAAACUGGAAGUACAUUGAUAUUUGCUGUUGACCCUGAUUCGGAUCGAUUUUGUAUGGGAGAAAAACAGAAUGAUAAUGAAUGGCGUAUCUUUAAUGGCAAUGAAAUUGGCGCAUUACUUGGCUGGUGGAUAUGGAAUGAAUUUUGUUUAUCCAAACAAGAUAAUAAAAAAACAACUGAUUGUUAUAUGAUUUCAUCGGCUGUUUCAUCAAAAAUUUUGGAAACAUAUUCUAAAAAAGAAGGAUUCAAUUUUAUUGAAACAUUAACAGGCUUUAAAUGGAUGGCUAAUAUUGCUUAUGAUUUGGAAAAAGAAGGAAAACAAGUUCUGCUUUGUUUUGAAGAAGCAAUCGGUUUUAUGGUUGGUACAAAUGUUUAUGACAAAGAUGGAAUUUCAGCUAUGGCUACAAUGUUACAAUUAGCUGCUUAUUUACAUUCGAAUGGAAAAACAUUCCGAGAUAAAUUGAAUGAAAUUUAUCAAACAUAUGGUUUUCAUUAUAGUCUCAAUUCCUAUUAUCUUUGCUAUGAUAAUAAUAAAAUUGAACAAAUUUUCAAUCGAAUGUCAAAUAUUGAUGGUCCAAAUUCGUAUAUCAAACAAAUCAAUGGAAUCAAAGUGAUUCGUGUUCGUGAUCUUGUUCGUGGUUUUGAUUCGAAAACUGAUGAUCAAAAAGCAACAUUACCACAGAAUAAUAUGUUAACAUUUUAUUUUGAAAAUGGUUCUGUCAUUACUUUACGAACCAGUGGUACGGAACCGAAAAUUAAAUAUUAUUCCGAAAUUAUAGCUCGACCAGAUGAAAGUGAUUGGGAAAAAAUCAAAAAUGAUCAUCAAAAAUUGAUUGAAACCUGUGUAGAAUUAUUACUUCAACCAAAUCUGAACGGUUUGAUUGCUAAAAAAGAUUGAUUUAUUAAUUUGAAAUUUUAUUUAAUUUUUUUAAAACAUUGAAAAAAAUGAUAUAACCAUUAUUAUCCAAAAAAAAACCGGAAAAA